AUGUACGCGUUCGUUGUAUCUGUUACGCUGGCCUGCUUGGCGCAGGUCGCGAUCGCUAACCCAGACUUCGGUAUUCAGGGCACGGUGCCCAAGGUGAGUCUGGUCAAACAGAAGGCUGUCCUGGCGAAGGAGCACUUCCUGCGUGUGGACGACUAUGUCAUGCCGAGCCAGAAGAGUGACAUCACGAAGCUGCGUGAAUCCGUCACCAUCCUGCAGGCGAUUGGACUGCGUGUGAACACACUCGGUCCAGGCCUGAUGGACGCGAUCACGACGACCUCAGAGGACAGUGGAGGCAAUGUCGAGAAUACGUUCACCAUGGUCAGCAUUGCUCGGUUGCAGUUUGAAGACUACAUCAGCGUCAACCUGCAAGAGCAGAUCCAGAACCUCGAGACGCUGCUCGGGAUCUACGUGCGCGAUCAGUUGGUGGAUGACUUCUUCCACAUCCAGGUGCGAUUGACGGCUCUGAGUGCUUCGCUCGCGACACUUCAAGCAGCCAUCUCGCAGGCCUAUACGGCGGCCAAUGGAGGUCCGGUUUCUGCAGCCCUCAUCCAGCAGUUCGUCGACGAAGCACUGGUGACGAACCUGGUGCAGGAACUCACGCAAAUCGCCUAUCGCAUUCCGGUGCUGACGUACACGAUCACCUCAUCCCUCGCCAACAUCAAGCAGGCGGACGAUUACUACUAUGGACUGAAGCAGGAUACGGACCGUAUUCUGGGUGAGAUAGCGACCACUGGCAGUGACUUCUACACGAACACCAUCGCCUACUCGUCACAGGUCGAACAGAGCAUGAACGCGAUAAUCGAGAGCUUUUCCGCGGAACUGACGGCAGCUACUGGCACGGCAACAGAGUUGAACGUGGCGGAGUUGACUGCAGCCAUCAGCGGGCUCAACGCCGUCGAGAACACCAAGUUAGCGGCAACCUUGAAGGCAUACAAGGAUCUGUAUGAUGCGAAUGUCCUCGAGUUGUCUAAGUUGUUGCCGCUCGAUGCAAAUUUCGCUUUCCUACCGAACGGUAACCCAGCCGCCGUGCUCGUCGGGGUGCUGAUCGCCAACGGGCCCUUCUCGCGGUACUGCUUCUGGAAGUACUCAGCCGUAUUGCACAACAUGUUGCUCGUCUCGAACUACGCCUCUGAGUGCUAUGAUCGCGAAUACGCCCGGCUACAGCUGAUCCAACAGGCGCUGUUGAUCGAGAUCGAGUUGAUCUCGUACGAUCUGGAGGUGGUCAAUCCAUACUCGCAGGUGUGUCGGUUCCUGCCAUCCUCCGUUUCCCAGCGGACUGCCGAGUGCGCCAAAGAGAUUGCGGGCUACUUCUCCGCCAUGUCGGGGGCGUUUGACAAGAAACUGAGCGACUUCGUGAGCCUGGCCGAGACAGAGUUGAAGGCCAGCAAGCAGCGAUUGAGCGUGUGCUGGACGACCAGGGUGCAGCAGACGUUGGUCAAGUUCCAGGAUGUUCUGAAAGCCAUUCAGGCCUGCGCCGCGGAUGGUCCGAAAGCAGCCAUAGAUUAA